CCAAAACGAGUUACAAUAAUAAACAGUUUUACGCGCGCUUACGCUUACUAUCAGGAAGUAACGAUUGAUAUAUAUUGGAGUGAAUAUGUUCUGACUGCAGUAUUCCUGUUUGAACACAUACGUUUUAAAGAGUAUUCAAAUAUGGAAUUUUCUAAUUUAUCAGCGGAUCCAAAAAUUGUUGAUAGAAUAGAAACGUUUAGGGAAACUCCACUGGAAAACGAAGAAGUGCCUUCUAGUUUGGCACAACAUAGUAACGAAAGUGAGACAACCGGAAUAGUGAAAACAGAAAGAGUCGGUGAAUUAAAGGAAAACCAACAGUCAUUGAACAGAAGGCUAUGCAUCAUCAUUUUAUUGGUGAUUGUUAUUGUUUUGGUUUUAGCGUCCGUAACUACGGUUGUCAUUGUGUAUACCCCAUGCAAAGAAAAAGCGGCAGCUGUAGUAGACAUUAAUGGAGACUGUGACUUGGACCUGAGUAUAGAAAAAGGACGUGUUAUCAACAUGAAAGGAACUAAACAUGGAGACACUGCCGAGAUUGAGUGUGAAGAUGGAUAUAAGUUAGUUGGAACUAAGGUUGUAACUUGUUUGUCUUCCAACGACUGGUAUGAAAUUCCGAGAUGUAUCCGGAAACAGUGUGAUACUCUCAUUAAACAACCGCAUGCAGAUAUCAAACACAACAAUAAUUCCACCGAGGUUGGCACCAGUCUAUCAAUUACUUGCACUGAAGGUUAUCAUAUACUUGGAAAUGCUACCGUAGUCUGUCAGAGCAAUGAAACCUGGUCAACUGUUCCAAAAUGUGAAGCAUACGACUGUGGAAUACCAACAACGCCAUCAAAUGGUAGGAUAGAAAACCUUAAUAAAACAAAAAUCAGCGACACCUUUAAUGUGAUAUGCAAUGAGGGAUACUCACAUACUGGUAGUGGCAUCGUAAAAUGCGAACAUGAUGGUCAAUGGAGUGAAGCUCCUCGAUGUAUGCCAAUUUCCUGUGGGCUGCCGCACAUACCCAUCAACGCAAGUAUAGUCCAUAUAGACGGAACUACAUAUAACUCGUCCGUUUCAUUUACCUGCGCAGAUGGAUUUUACUUGAAUGGCAGUCAAUCUGCGUAUUGUGACUCACGUGGAACUUGGAGCAACAUCCCGACAUGCAAAAUAAUCAUAGAUAUUGAUGAAUGUAGUUCAAGUCCAUGUAUAAAUGGCAUAUGUGUUGAUAGCAUUGAUGGAUACACUUGCACUUGCGACCUUGGGUACGAAGGAAUGUUAUGCAACGUCGAUACAGAUGACUGUCUUUCUGGACCAUGUGUAUACGGAAAGUGUGUUGACAGUAUCAACAACUUCAACUGUUCCUGUUACUCAGGGUUCGAGGGCGCUUUAUGCGAAAUAAACAUUGAUGAGUGUCAGUCUAAGCCUUGCCUAAACGGAACAUGUGUAGAUGGAAUAGCAAACUAUACGUGUGUCUGCUCCCCGGGUUUCAAUGGUUCAAACUGCGAAAACGAUAUUGAUGAAUGUAAGUCAAAUCCUUGUCAACAUGGAAGGUGUAUUGACGGCUUUGGCGAAUACAGCUGCAUCUGUGAGAAUGGGUAUACAAGUCCAAAUUGUGACAUCGAAAUUGACGAAUGUCUCUCUGGUCCUUGUAAACAGGGCACGUGUAUUGAUCUUGUUGGUGGCUAUAUCUGUUCAUGCAAUAGUGGUUUCAACGGUGUUAACUGCGACCUUGAUAUAGACGAAUGUAAAUCAAACCCAUGCCUACACGGCAAAUGUAUUGAUGGUAUUUCAACAUUUAUAUGCGACUGUAACCACGGAUACAACGGUUCAUAUUGUGAAAACGAUAUCGAUGAAUGUAAUUCAAGUCCUUGUGUACAUGGGACAUGUACUGACGGUGUCGCACAAUAUACUUGCGCUUGUGAAAAUGGCUAUACAAACAUUAACUGCGACCAGGACAUUGACGAGUGUAGCUCAAACCCGUGCAAACAUGGCGCAUGCAUAGAUCUACUAGCAGGAUAUAACUGUUCUUGUUAUCCAGGUUUCGAAGGAAUACACUGUGAAAUUGAUAUCGAUGAAUGUAAUUCAAGUCCUUGUGUACAUGGGACAUGUACUGACGGUGUCGCACAAUAUACUUGCGCUUGUGAAAAUGGCUAUACAAACAUUAACUGCGACCAGGACAUUGACGAGUGUAGCUCAAACCCGUGCAAACAUGGCGCAUGCAUAGAUCUACUAGCAGGAUAUAACUGUUCUUGUUAUCCAGGUUUCGAAGGAAUACACUGUGAAAUUGAUAUCGAUGAAUGUAAUUCAAGUCCUUGUGUACAUGGGACAUGUACUGACGGUGUCGCACAAUAUACUUGCGCUUGUGAAAAUGGCUAUACAAACAUUAACUGCGACCAGGACAUUGACGAGUGUAGCUCAAACCCGUGCAAACAUGGCGCAUGCAUAGAUCUACUAGCAGGAUAUAACUGUUCUUGUUAUCCAGGUUUCGAAGGAAUACACUGUGAAAUUGAUAUCGAUGAAUGUAAUUCAAGUCCUUGUGUACAUGGGACAUGUACUGACGGUGUUGCACAAUAUACUUGCGCUUGUGAAAAUGGCUAUACAAACAUUAACUGCGACCAGGACAUUGACGAGUGUAGCUCAAACCCGUGCAAACAUGGCGCAUGCAUAGAUCUACUAGCAGGAUAUAACUGUUCUUGUUAUCCAGGUUUCGAAGGAAUACACUGUGAAAUUGGUAUCGAUGAAUGUAAUUCAAGUCCUUGUGUACAUGGGACAUGUACUGACGGUGUUGCACAAUAUACUUGCGCUUGUGAAAAUGGCUAUACAAACAUUAACUGCGACCAGGACAUUGACGAGUGUAGCUCAAACCCGUGCAAACAUGGCGCAUGCAUAGAUCUACUAGCAGGAUAUAACUGUUCUUGUUAUCCAGGUUUCGAAGGAAUACACUGUGAAAUUGAAGUCGAUGACUGUAAUUCAAGCCCAUGUGUACAUGGAACAUGUAUUGACGGUGUCGCGCAAUACACUUGCGCUUGUGAAAAUGGCUAUACAAACAUUAACUGCAACCAGGACAUUGACGAGUGUAGCUCAAGUCCGUGCAAACAUGGUGAAUGCAUAGAUCUACAAGCAGGAUAUAACUGUUCUUGUUAUCCAGGUUUCGAAGGAAUACACUGUGAAAAAGAUAUGUACGAAUGUAGCUCGAAUCCAUGCAAAUAUGGCGCAUGUGCAGAUCUUGUCAACAGCUACAACUGUUCUUGUUAUCCCGGUUUCAGCGGUUUGCAUUGUGAAAUUAAUGUUGACGAGUGCAGUUCUAACCCUUGUCAACAUGGCUCAUGUGCUGACGGUAUUGAUAUGUUUACAUGCUAUUGUGACAACGGAUUUACAGGCGUUUUGUGUGAUAUUGAUAUGAUAGACGAAUGCACGUCAAAUCCUUGCAAGAAUGGCACAUGUGUUGAUGACGUCAAUGGUUACAAUUGUUCAUGCCAUCCAGGCUUCACCGGGACAUUUUGCGAUAUUGAGAUAGACGAAUGCACGUCAAAUCCUUGUAUGAAUGGCACAUGUGUUGAUGACGUGAAUGGUUACAGCUGUUCAUGCAACCAAGGGAUCAUCGGAACACAUUGUGACACAGAGAUAGACGAAUGCAUGUCAAAUCCAUGCAUGAAUGGUACAUGUGUCGAUGAAUUCAAUGGCUACAGAUGUUCUUGCAAAUCAGGUUUCACCGGGACAAACUGUGAUAUAGAUCUAAAUGAAUGUAACUCAAAUCCAUGCAUUCACGGAAGCUGCACCGAUUUGAUUAAUGGAUACAGAUGUAUCUGCGCAAGUGGUUUUAUAGGUGUCAACUGCGACAUAGUUUCGGUUGCUUGUAAUUUCACAACGGACACGUGCAGUUGGCAGCAAUCUCUAAGCGACACGUUUGACUGGACAAGACGAUCAGGAAGCACACCUUCUUCGUCUACUGGACCAACUAGUGAUUAUUCGGGUUGCCAUUGUGUUCAGCAGAAGUCGUACAACAAAACGCAAACUCCUGGCGAGGUUCAACAACACCGGGAGUGUUAGAGAUGUUCCAAGAAGGGCAAGACGCAGAGUAGCAACCUCCCGACAAAACAGACAUAUAUCUCUGAGUCAUCUCCGUAAUCGCAGGCUUACUGUGGGACUUUCUUUCGGUAGACACCAACGUAUAUAAGCGACCAAAACAGUCCGGAACAGAUUACGAGCCAAGGGUAUUCCGUUGACUGAGCGUCACAAAGCUGACCGUCUGCAAUGGACUUGCCGUGCGGAAGGGGAUAACGCGACACUUACGUACCAAUCGAGAUUUUAUUUAUCUGGAAGUGACGGGAGAACACGAGUUAAUCCUAGCAGAGGCGAACACUUAGCUCAGUGUUGUAUCCAGGAAAGAGAUCGUUUCGAUUGAGGCUCGACAAGGAUCUGGGGUGGAAUAUCACUCCAUACACAAACGAGCAAUGUUAUUGUAAAUGACACUGUCAUGAACGGAGAUAUCAAAAGGGAGUGAUAAGGACAGUUAUGAUCCCUCACAUUCGUGCCAACGGAGGAAUGAUUCUGGCCCUGGAUAAUGCCCCAUGCCGCAUUGCGGGGUCAACCCGCGAGGUACUUCAGACACACCGGCUACAAACUCUGGAGUGGCCACCAAAAAGUCUAGACCUCAAUCCCUUUUAACAUGUGUGGAAUGAACUCGGUCGUCGGGUAAAGCGCCUGCCACGGCAACAUACCGCCGAUCAACUGCAAGAUGACCUUGUAAACACUUUGAACACGUUGCCACAGAGGUUUCCUCACGACUGCAUAAAUAAAAUGCACCAUCGAUGACGAGCCGUUAUCCGUGCUGGAGGAGGACACUCUGGUUAUUGAAAUUGUGACUCGUUUGUUACACCAAUGAAAUAAAAUGUGUGAUUUCUCAUCAUAGUUCACUGUUUUACCUACUUUUCCUGAAAUGAAUAUACUUAAAUGCAAUAACAUAAUAAUCAACCUAACCUUUCGGAGAAAACACAAAAAAAUGUUGGGUAUGCACUUAGAAGUUUUGAGUAGUGUGAUAAUAUGAAUAACGAUGCUAGAAAUUAUAUUUCUUUUAAUAACAAAAUGCAGAAAAAGCCUCUAAUAUAAAUUAAUACAAUGAUAGAUGGCAAUUAUAUAAAGAGAUAGAAAAAAUCCAAAUAAUUUUAGAAUUAUCCCCCUUUGGAACUUGAUAUUUCACAUUUUUUUUAAUUUAAGACAAUAAUUCCACUAAAGGGAAUUUAAUGUAUUGCGUUUUAAUCAGUGUUGUUUUUUUUUCUUUUGGAAAAAGCCGUUUCAAUCAAGGCACACAUGGAUGAAUUUCCAAACUGAAUAAAAAUCAAGACACUAAUGCGCUUACAAGUCGCAAGAGAAACAUCUAAAAACUAAGGGUUAUUUUUUUAACAAGAAACAUAGAUGUUUGUGUCUCUGUAUUUAGUUAAACUAAUUUCGAAUAUAAAUUAUGCUAUCGAUGAUAUCAAUUCUGCUAGAUUAUUU